AUGAAAAUUGGCCGCUUAAAAUGGAUUUUCUCAGCUAAACAAAAAGCUUGCAGUUAUAAGUUAAGGAUUCAGUUUAGUAAUCCAAUCAUUUCUGCACUUCAGCUCCCUUACACGAUCAAGGAAUACAGGGGUAACAAGCGUUACGCAAAGACCUGCCUGAAGAGAAAUCGUAAACAUCAAGUUCUUGAAGCCCUCACAGUCCACACGGCCCUCACAGCCCUCACAGCCCUCACAGUCCACACAGCCCUCACAGCCCUCACAAUCCACACAGCCCUCACAGUCCACACAGCCCUCACAGCUCUCACAGCCCUCACAGUCCACACAGCCCUCACAGUCCACACAGCCCUCACAGCCCUCACAGCCCUCACAGUCCACACAGCCCUCACAGUCCACACAGCCCUCACAGCCCUCACAGUCCAUACAGCCCUCACAGUCCACACAGCCCUCACAGCCCUCACAGCCCACACAGCCCUCACAGUCCACACAGCCCUCACAGUUCACACAGCCCUCACAGCCCUCACAGCCCUCACAGCCCUCACAGCCCUCACACCCUCACAGCCCUCACAGUCCACACAACCCUCACAGUCCACACAGCCCUCACAGUCCACACAGCCCUCACAGUCCACACAGCCCUCACAGUCCACAUAG